GUCAUUGCGUAUGACGUAUAUGGAAAAACAGGAAGUAUGGGUGGCGGCUACCAGGCUAGCUCAGGGCUAACUAUUGGAAAUGAAUCUGUUAACGAAAUUUGUUGUGUGUUUCUUUCCCGAUCAGAAAAAAGAUAGACCUUUGUUCACGGUAAGUUAAUAUGUAGGAUAGGUCAACAACUGUUGCCUGUCAAUUGUCUGUAAAGGUCUAGUUUGUUCACGAAGUUUUCUAGUUUAUGCAGUAAUGUAUUUGGAUCGGCAUAUUAUGAUGACAGUUUUAAAUCCCAUAUCAUUAAUAUAUUACAAAUGAUAUGAUUCAUGAUAUAAUGAAUGAAGAAAUAUGGUCGUCAAUGGUGAAAAUAACGACAAUAAAGAUAACAGUUUUGGUCAUUUUUGAGCAAAGUUCGCCCAAAUCAAUCGGUUCAUGUUUCCACAAUGAAUGCACUUCUCCCAUUUUUUUUCUACAUUGAAUUAACUUGUUAAUUUAAAGUCGGGCAGCUAAUCGUUAAAAGUUAAGAUGUCUUACUAAAUUGUAAGUAUGGUGAAUUAUUAAAACUGAUUGGUUUUGUCCUAGUGAGUGGCACAGCCAUUAAAAACGUCUACCAUGGGCCAACGACGAAGAUCAGCCGUGAAAGCCCCCUCAUCGCCGAGUGUUUCUGCAGCUGGAGAGGUUGCCAGAGUUCCACACAAGAAGCACAAAAUCUGCAUGGUUUCCGACUUCUUCUACCCAAAUAUGGGAGGAGUAGAGAGCCACAUCUACCAGCUUUCCCAGUGCUUGAUUGAAAAGGGACACAAAGUGGUGAUUGCCACCCAUGCCUAUGGAAGAAGGAAGGGAGUCAGGUACCUGACUAACGGACUGAAGGUCUACUACCUCCCCCUGCAGGUGAUGUACAACCAGUCUACAUCCACCACCGUCUUCCACAGUCUCCCACUACUGCGCUGUGUGUUUGUGAGGGAAGGCAUCACUGUUGUGCAUGCACACAGCUCAUUCUCUGCCAUGGCCCAUGAUGCACUGUUCCACGCUAAGACCAUGGGCCUGAACACGGUAUGAGACCUAUCACCAGAAAGCUCUUAAAAGCCAUAUAGUAUGUUAAAUUGUUUGCAAAACAACUGAACUGCAGAGUUUUGAUUUUUACAGGUGUUCACUGACCACUCACUCUUCGGCUUUGCUGAUGUGAGCUCUGUGCUGACCAACAAGCUUCUGACCGUGUCAUUGUGUGACACCAACCACAUUGUGUGCGUUUCAUACACAAGUAAGGAAAACACAGUGCUCCGUGCAGCACUCAACCCAGAGAUAGUGUCUGUUAUUCCCAAUGCUGUUGACCCUACAGACUUCACUCCUGACCCAUCCCAGCGCCAAGAUGACACCAUCACUAUUGUUGUCAUCAGCCGCCUUGUCUACCGCAAAGGUACUAAAAGAAACUUCUGCGUGUGACAUUUCAGUGUCUUUGCUCCAGUUUCUACUGGUAACAUUCAAGCUGUAAUUGAAGUCAACAGUCUGGCAUGUUGAAUGAGACACUGCAGCUUUUUUCAGCACAAAGUAAGAGCCCCAGCACUGGUGUUACAGUAGGUGUAGAUAUGUAAAACAUUAACCAACUUAAGUGUUUAAUGAGUACUUGAGCAGGGGGUUAACUGAUAGCUUAAAAAAUGAUACAAAAGUCAGUCACAUAUUAACUUCCUUUUCUCCCGUCAAGGAACUGAUCUCCUUGGUGGAAUAAUCCCAGAACUCUGCCUCAAACAUCCAGAUCUACAUUUCCUCAUUGGUGGAGAAGGACCAAAGAGAAUUGUGCUUGAAGAAGUGAGGGAGAAAUACCAACUUCAUGACAGGUACAGGCUUCAUGCUCAUUUUCUAACAAUAACACUGAUGAAGAUGUACCAAUUUAAGCACAUACAGGUUGUGCUCUCUGUAUUGAUAUUUCAUAAUGAGAUAAAGGGAAAAAAAUCCAGAUGCCAGUUUAUCUACGAAAUCGCUGACACAAAUUUUUGCUAAAAACACUUUUCAACUAUGGACUAACAGGCAAUUGUCUUACUUGGAUGUUUGUAAAAAGUGUACAGUCUUAAAUAAGGGUUGUUGUAUUCUGUUGUCAAUGUAAAUGGGGGAGCAAGCAAGACAGUAUAGGACAGUGCUCUCAGUUUGUGUGUUAAGUCUACACUGUUAACAUGCCAGAAUGUUCAGUCACACAGAACGAAUUAUAUAUUUUGAUUUAGCACCAAAAAAGCUGGCCUGAUGUUGGAGAAUUUCAACAUUAGUUUUGUGGAACAUCUGAAUAAACAGCAACUUCUGGUUUGUUAACCUUCUAGCUGGACAUAGUCAGGGUAAAAAAAAGAGCCCACAGCAAACUAGUUUCAUGAAUUGAUUGCAAUUUGAGUGCAGAAAGCUGGUAUGUCAUUCUUUAACCUUUAUUGUUUAUGUCGUGACUUGCUGCUUUGAGUAAUUGUGAAAAAAAUUACAGUUAAACUCGAUAUUAUUUUCCUGCCAUGACACAGUGAUUUACCUAUUUACUGCAAGCGUUUUUAACUUUUAUUUGAAAGGCAUGUGUUUUUUUUAUCGCGAGAUUGAACUUUUAAAAUAAGCAUAACUCUUUCACCAGCUAUUGACACAAGCUUGACAAAAUGUGCUGAAACAAUCUGUUGCUGUUGUAACAUUUAUCCAUCUCAAAUAAGUUGUAAAUCUUGCUGUACUGUUCAGAGUUAAGAAUGUAUUGACAAAGUAUCUAGAAUAGAGGCCUAGAGAAACAGGCUUGAUAAGUGUUUUAUGUUUUCUAACUACUGUAACAUUGGUCACUGCAGGGUGCGUCUGCUGGGAGCUUUGGAGCAUAAAGAUGUUCGGGGAGUGCUGGUGCAGGGUCACAUUUUCCUCAACACUUCUCUGACUGAAGCAUUCUGCAUGGCUAUCGUAGAGGGAGCCAGCUGUGGACUUCAGGUUUGUACCCACUGAUACGGCAGUUUAAGUCAGGGACAUCAUUUCAAAUGUGGGUAUGAUUUCACAUGUAGAGGAGUAAGAUACUCAUCUCCCCCAAUAACUAGGUCACUAAAGACAUUUAAGUGAUACUGAACAUUAGGAAAACCUCUGCACCGAUGGCUAUAAAAUGACAAGAUUAAGAUCUUGUUUUUUUAGUUUACCUGGACUUGAGGCUGGGUAUGGUAUCUACACAAAAAUCUAUGUUGGUGUAGGAUUGAUCAUCAAGUUUCAGGCAUCAAUGAGAACCAGGAUUCACAUUAUGAUUCUCCCUGGAUUCGUUCAAAUUUUUACAUUUUGAUUCCAAGUUUUGCUUUUUUUAACUUAAAUAUCCAACUAGCGUUAGUCUUUGUUCUUUUUCAUAGACAAAUGACCUGACAACAAAGGUCAGUUUUUUUAUACUGGUUGAAAAUAGCCCUGUGAGAAAUUUAUAGUGAAGUUCAUAAAAGGUCAUUUAAUUAAAAAAUUCAAGUUCAGACAUUUUAUCCAGAAAGAACUCUGGUUACCGCCUCAUUUAAAAGAUGCACUUUUCCUUUCCUGCCUUUUGAAAGAAUCAGAAUAGGGAAUCAUUAGAAACAUGAAUCAGAAUGAGGAAUCGGAACUUGAAUUGUUCAAAUUCAAAUGAUGCCCAACCCUAGUUGUAUGUGGUUUUAGCUUCAGCAGAGCACACAUCUGUCUGGCCAAGCUUAACAGGGAUACAGGGUGUGGUCAGAAACUGUGAUAGCCCUAGACGGCCAAUACUUAAGCUUCUUUUCCUAAGCUAAUUUAAGCAAAGACAAAUUUAUAUUUGCAUUAUUUUUUGUAAGACAGAGGAACACCACGGCAGAUUCUCACAUUGUGGAUGAUGUUUCCUUCCUAAGGUGGUAAGCACCCGAGUGGGGGGUAUUCCCGAGGUGCUACCUGACGACCUGAUUACCCUGUGCGAGCCAACAGUGCGGUCGUUAUGUGCUGGUCUGGAGACAGUCAUUGCCAAGCAGCGUUCAGGGUCUGUCCCCUCCCCCGCCUCCAUUCAUGCAAAAGUGAGAAACCUCUACACCUGGAGAAAUGUUGCAGAAAGGACUGAAAAGGUGGGUCAAUCAACACCAAAGCCAUAUCCUCUCAGACAGCACUAGACUUAAGCACACAGUUUGAGAGGAGAACUACACAUUGACACUAUGCCUCACUAUAGUGCCUCCAUGUGUUACACUUAACAAAUAUUCUCCCUUGAACAGUCAGUAUAUAAGAGCCGACUGAAUUAUGUUAUUUCAGGUAAUCAGUAUAUCAAUAUCCAAUUGGUUAUUGUGCGAUACAUUUGUGAUGAAAGUGUAUUGUUCUUUCUGGAUUGUAAAGGUGUGUGAGUUAGAUUGGAAAAAUGCAGACCCACACAUGUAGUCAGCAGGCCAAUGAAGGUUUUUCUGUCUGUCUGUCCCUUUUCAGGUAUAUGAUCGAGUGGCUGGAGAGGAGGUGCUCCCCCUGGACAGACGGCUACAAAGACUGAGGACUCACUGUGGACCUGUUGCUGGCUCUAUCUUUGCACUUUUCGCUGUUAUGGACUUUCUCUUCGUGCUGCUCCUGCAGUGGCUGGUGCCAGAUCGUUUCAUGGACAUGGCUGUGGACGCCACUGGCCCCCAGGGAUUGUGGAGGCAGGAAAAGAGCAGAAAAGAUAGUGCCAUUAAUUGAAACACAGAUGCCAUUAUAACUUUCAGUCCAAACUUUUGUUUUUUUUCCAUGGUUGAACUGAAGUUAAAAGACAUGGCGGCUGAAUGCAAAAAGUGCUCACAGUGACUUCUUAACUGUUUACAUGUACUCAUCAAAGGGGACGUAAUAUAAAGUAUAAAAAAAUCAGAAUUAAUUUUUUAUAUUCUUGUGAAUUGAGCUCAAACCUGUGGAAUUUAGGGAGAUUUAGGAAGCAUGUUUGCACAGAAUGACCUGCACUGCACAGGAAGAAUUAAAGGGUUAAGUUACUGCACACGGAUGGGGAUAAUUCGCAGCAGUAACCUACUCUCAGUUCACAUGCAUACCUCAUCUACAGUAGAGUAAGGGUUUUUAUUAAGAAGAGUCCCAAUUUGUGCAAAGCUGAGCAUCUCUGCAAUCUCCAUAUGUCUGUUUUGUUAAAUUAAGGCCAUUACUUUGCUUAAAAUGAGAUGUUACAUAUCUAUAAGAUAACUUUGGGUUUCUGCUGAUAACUGUUCGAUACUCAGGCCAGCCACUUUGGAAAAUAAAGCACACUGUUGCUAUGUUUCA